UUGGGAUCCCAAAAUUGUUUUGUCAUUCUGCCAUCGGAAAAUAACAACUGCUGCUGCAAAUAAAACUAGCAAUUCAUUGCAAAAUUUAAUUCCCAACUAAUUAAGAAAAUAAAUUUUACUAUGGCUUUCCUUGGAGUUGAACAAUUCCCCGAUUAUAAAGUGCCUGGUGCCCAACAUCAGGACUUUUCUCCUUAUGAAUCUAAUGGAGGAUCCAUUGUGGCCAUUGCUGGAGAUGAUUAUGUGGUAAUUGCUGCCGAUACGCGUCUGAGCAGUGGUUAUUCCAUACACACUCGCAAACAAAAUAAACUUUUCCAGCUGAGUCAAAAAACUGUAUUGGGCUCCACCGGUUGUUGGUGUGACACCUUGGCGUUGACAGCUUUGGUCAGGGCUCGUAUGCAAAUGUACGAACACACUCAUUUGAAGACUAUGUCCACGGAUGCAAUCGCUCAAAUGCUGUCAAUCAUCAUGUACAACAAACGUUUCUUCCCCUAUUAUGUGUCCAACGUCUUGGCCGGCUUGGACAAUGAAGGCAAGGGUGUUGUCUACUCGUACGAUCCCAUUGGCCACUGUGAACGCACCACAUAUAGAGCAGGAGGUUCCGCUGGUGCUCUGUUGCAGCCUGUAUUGGAUAAUCAAAUUGGUUUUAAGAACAUGGUUUUAGAGGGUGGUGAAAUUCCCAAAGUAUCUAAAGAGCGUGCUAUUGCCAUUGCUACAGACACAUUCAUUUCUGCGGCCGAACGUGAUAUUUACACCGGUGAUGCAGUUAUGAUUAACAUCAUUACCAAAGAUGGUACUGAAGUUAAGGAAGUUCCAUUGAGAAAGGAUUAGGCAAAUGUAGCGAUUUGUUUUAAGGAAAAAUUUUCUGUAAACUUUAGCUUUUGGAAGGUUUAUAAAAUAAACGAAAAUAAGUUUUGUAAA